AUGGACAAGAGCUCCGAAAUAGCAACGCAGCUCCGAAGCAGCAAAGCAGGUUUGAGAGCACUCGUUAGUUGGCCGGAUAGUCCGCGGAGGCGAGCUUUCAAGAAACGGGAAGAGCCAUAUAUCAAGCAAGCUCUGGAGAAGAAGUUCUACCGCAACCCCUUUUUUCCACACGCUUACUUUUCACCUUCUGAAGCAGCAGAGGGUCAUGAGGCCGAAGUCAGAAGUCUUACGCUCAGCCAUGGCGAGAAUGGGCUUAACCCAAAAGCCACGUCUUGUCCUCCAGCCUUUGCUGUCCAUUAG